AUGGUAUACUCCUCUGGUGAUAAUCCUGGAGAGCAGGUCAUGGGUUUUAGGGUUAACAUGAGGCACAUAGACUGCUAUGAGAGGUCCUUGUCAAAGCGUACUCAAUCUGCUGUGGAGAGAAGCAAGAGGCAAGCUGAAAUGAUAUCAGCAACACUAAGGCGCAAGCAGAUGGAGAUACAUGCGAGCGUGGAUGCAGCAGGUGACCUCAAAACGCCGGUUCAUGUGGGCAAUGGAGAAUUUCUAAUGGAGAUUGGAUAUGGAAGCCCAGCGAUAGUGUCCAAGGCCGUGGUGGACACGGGGUCCGAAUUCAUAUGGACGCAAUGCCAACCAUGCAAGCAAUGCUACAAUCAAUCUGUCCCAUUCUACGACCCCUCCAAAUCAUCAACAUUCUCCCAGCUUGCCUGCAAUGAUUCCUUGUGCAAAAGCGCCUUGCAAGCUGGACAAGCGCGAUGCAAAGUCCAAACUAGUGAUUGUCUGUAUGACUCUACUUAUGCUAGCAGCAAAACUUCAAGCAAAGGUUAUUUUGUCUAUGACACAUUGACGUUUGGGGGUGGUGCCAAUCUUCCUCAGGUGGGCUUUGGAUGUGGGAAUGAAAACACCGGGGGGCCGGUUUUCCAAGGUGAUGUGACGGGCAUUGUGGGAAUGGGAAGAGGCCCUCUCUCGCUCAUCUCACAGGUGGGGGCCUCUCUGGGCAAGAAGAGAUUUUCCUAUUGUUUCUUGUCCUAUGAUAAGUACUUCGGUGGCCCUCCUAAAACCAGUCCUUUGCUCUUCGGCCAACUUGCUGUUCUAAACGAAAAGACCCAAGUCCAGACCGUGAAGUUCGUCAAGAAUGAUAAGUUGUCUCUCUUCUAUUACAUCCCCAUAACUUCAAUAGCUGUGGGAGGGAAAGAUGUGGAUAUUCCUGCUGGGACUUUUGAUGUGAAAGAGGAUGGAAGUGGUGGCAUGAUUAUUGAUAGUGGGACCUCGCUUUUACAGCUUGUGGAGGCCGCUUAUACUCCAUUGGCGGGUGCUUUCAAGGCAGGUAUAAAUCUGACUGCUGUGGAUGGGUCUUCUAUUGGGCUUGAUCUCUGCUAUGCUGUCAAGUCCGGCUCCUCUCCACCUUCUGUUCCUUCGCUCACUUUCAACUUUGAGGGUGAUGUGAAAUAUGAGUUUCCCACGGAGAACUACUUUAGACAGUCAAGUGAUGAACUAUUUUGCCUGGCUGUCGUCUCUGUGAAGGGGCAAGGGCAAAGUUCGGUGUUGGGCAACAUUGCGCAGCAGAACUUCCAUAUUCUCUAUGAUGAGGACUCUGCCUCUCUCUCCUUCCAAACUGCACAGUGUGAUUCUGUCUAG